GGUGCCACUCCUGAAUAUAUGGCUGGUUAUUACAUGUUGCAAAGUGCAAGCUCUUUUUUUCCUGUGAUGGCCCUUGCUCCUCAAGAGAAGGAAAUGAUUGUUGAUAUGGCGGCUGCUCCUGGUGGUAAAACAACCUACGUUGCUGCUCUUAUGAAAAACAGUGGUAUAAUUUAUGCAAAUGAGAUGAAGGAGUCAAGACUCAAGUCGCUUACUGCAAAUUUACAUCGUAUGGGGGUGACAAACACUAUAGUUUGCAACUAUGACGGGAGAGAGGUAAGCAUCUUGUUUUGUUGCCCUUAAUUCUUAUCUAUUACAUUAU